AGUAAAUGGUCUAAUGGUAGUAACAAUCAGUGCAUGAAGAAGAGGAUUCAAGAGUGAGAACGCACGACCCGCAUCUGAGGUGGUUUUUAACUACUCAAGAGCACCAUAGAGAAAAAUCUUCAUCUUGACUAUUAUACUAACUACUACGUAUAUAUGGGCACUGAGUAACCCGAAGAUAGAGUGGGGUUUUGAAUUUUACAUAUAGACAAAGUAGAAAGACACGUGGUCGUCUCGACUAAGAAGAUCAACAAGAUGUACGCCACGAACACCAAGGAGUCCAACGUUUCCGCAAAGGAGAUCAUCGACGAGGAGCAAGACAGGAUCAACAUCAUUGAGGGAGAUGUUGAGCAAGGAUAUGGUGCUGCGGAAACAGGAGAUGCCGAAACCACCAAGAAGGUUUUCUUGUUUUCUGCCGACAAAGCCGACGCUGGUUUGCAGGCUCCACCCCCGGAGCAGGGAAUGAGCACCGGCUGCAUGGUUUAAGGCUUCCUUUAAUUCAUCUUGAGAAGCAUCUUGGAGCCUUUUCCUAAGGGGAAAGCACUCCAAAGAUGAAUUAAGGUAAACUCUAAAUGUGGUGUUUGAUCGUAUGUGUUGUUGUGCCGCUCGUUAUUCUUUUCCUCGGGUGUAUCUGUUUCUAUUGGCUGUGCCAGCAUGUGCAGUCGACGAUGGACAUCGCCAAACCGGCCGCUGAAAGUGGAGCAGCUUCCAGCGCCUUCCUCCAAGAAGUGGAUCACGCUAGUACACCUUCCACUUCCUCCGGAAGUGCUCUGCUUGAGGCGCUCGACCAGGAAAAAAGGAUCGAGAAGAAGAAAACCGCGUAAGUAAAAAAACUACUCAUCAUCCAGACGAAGUAGUAGUCUUCUUCUAGCACCAUGAGGAGGACUCUGAAGAGUCUAACACGACCAGCAGGUACAGGAGGCACAUAUCUAAGAGAAGAAGGUGCAACAGGAGGCACACAUCUAAGAAGGUACAGAAGAAGAAGGUGCAACAGGAGACACACAUCUAAGAAGGUGCAGGAGGCACCCACGCUAA